AUGUCAUGGCAUAAUUCCAACAAUCCUUCGCGGCGACCGCCACCAGAUGGGCGCCGCCCAGCUUCACAGCCCGACGACUCCGCCGAGUACUCCCCGUUCGGCCAAACCUUCUCCAGCAGGGAGUCCAGCGCGGCGCCACUGCCCGCGGCGCCCCUGCCCAGGAUGAUCGCAGCGGCCCGAGAGCGGCUGGCCAGCUCCAACCGCGAGAGAAUCAACUCGAUUCUCGGCGACAGCCCGUAUACCACACGCCGCUGGACACCGGCACCCGGUGAAAGCGCCCCGUCCCGCCCGCGGGUACCUCACCAAACCGUGCUGCCCUCGCGAUAUGACAUGCCAACGCUGCCCUCGCGAUAUGACGUGCGACUGCCCUCGCGAUUUGACAUGCCGCCUGGUGAGAGCGCACCUCCGCGCCCGCGGGUGCUUCGUCCAGGAGAGCUGCCCUCGCGAUAUGAAAUGCCACCUCCCAUCAUCGCUUCGCCUCUCUCCAUGUCACCCCUCAGUGGCGACUUCGUCUCGCAGACGCAGUCGCCACAUCCGAAUCGUAUGACCAGUCUGGAGCAGCUGGACCGCACAUUGGACGAGGCCAACGCUCAUCUGCGUGCGCUGCUGGACAUGACUUCUGCCAACAGCGUCUCGCGUCAGCUCAUCCCGAUGGAUAUAUCCAACUUCACACAACCUACCCGCACCCAUGAUUUUACAUAUGAUAAUCAGCGCAGCAAGCGUAGAAAAGUGGAUGGUGAGAGAUAUACUCACGACGCACAGACUUUCCGCUACGGCUACUAUGGCCAAGUCGAAGCGGGUGAUCUGGAGAUGGAAAUGGUCAGCUGCGAUGGUGGCAUGUUUUCCAAUGAGCUAUCCUAUGCGGCCGAGAACAUUCUCAAGAAUGACAAUUCCGUCUACUGCACCAAAGGAAAUCGGUGCAACAUUGUCUUGCGCCAUCGAGGUUCUACGGCAUUCACACUGUCCGAACUCGUCAUCAAAGCCCCCAAAUCCAUGAACUACUCUCACCCUGUUCGCGAAGGCAUGGUCUUCAUCACCAUGGACCAGGACGAAGUGCUGCACCGCACUGCGCAAUACCAGAUCCAGUACGCGCCGAACACCGGUACCGGCUCGCGCGACCACGUCACAUUCACCAACACUGACCCGCGCACCCGCUUCAACCGUGAGCCGCAGCAUACCAUUUCCAUCUCACACAAUCGCGACGGCACGUCAACCACGCGCAGGGACCGAUCCUACAUUUACGGCCCCGGAAGCAACGACACGCGCACGCCGCAUAUGCCGAGGGAGUUUACCGCCAGCCAACCUGACUUUCGCAUCAGCACCGAGUUUAGCGACGACGACGACGACGACGCUGCCACAGCUGGCAACGCUGCUCCCGUGUCCAUUCUCCGCCGUCCUCCGCCCAACCGCAUCGGCAGCCUUCCCUUUGAGAGUGACGACGUCGAGUCCGACUCGGAUCUCGAGCCGGGCCACAUCACCAACGCCUUUCUCACCGAAAACACCAUUCGACGUCUCCGUCGCGGCGACUCCUCCGCCGCCGCCGCGGCACGGUACAACCCCAACACCGCCACCACUACCAACAUUUUUGGCCACGACUUUGAAAACUAUUCCGCAACUGCCAAUCCCAAUCCUAGCAGCCCGCAGCAGCAGCGGCAGCACAGCUCCAGCCUCGCCCAAGCCUGGGACGCGCACGCCAACGCCACGCAGGAAGCCAUACGCGCCGUCGGCGGCGACGCCCUGCUCGCGCCGCACGCUCGCUUCCACAUUGAGAAGAAGAAGAGCAAGUGCACCAUCCGCUUCGACCCGCCCGUGUCUGGCCGCUUCAUCCUGCUCAAGAUGUGGAGCUCCCACCACGACCCGGGCAGCAACAUUGACAUUCAGACGGUCAUGGCGAGGGGCUUUGCGGGGCCGCGCUACUUUCCGGCCGUGGAGAUGCGUUGA